UCCCUCCCUCCCUCCCUCCCUCCGCCUCGAUAGCUUGCCAUGCGUCCCUGGCUCCUGUCCCUCCCGCAGAGUGGGCCCUGCGGUGUGACCGCCCUCGCCGCGGCCACUGCCCGGCGCGCCCUUCCGGGGGCCCUGGCCGGCCGGCUCGGCCGGGCCGCCUACUCCACCGACGCCCCGGCCGGCCAGGAGUCGGCCAUGGACAAGUUCUUCUCGCAGGCCGCCUCGCGCAGUCCGGGCCAUCGCUUCCCGGUGGACCUCCCCCCGCCGGAGGUCAUCAUCCCCGGCUACAGCAGCGAGUCGCCGUCCAGCAGCGACAAGGCCCGGACCACUCCCAUUCUUCAGCCUCUGCCGGGCUUCGCCGGCGGACCCGACGCUCCGGCCCCGGUGACCAACUCCAACUCGCUGAGCAAUCAGCUCUUCAAAACCCAGCUCACGACCCUGCCCUCCGGCUUGAAGGUGGCCACCACGCGCACCGGGGCCGUGGUCAUCAACACCGGCGUCUUUGUGCGCUCGGGCACGCGCUACGAUAACCUGCCCCACUCCGGCCUCGCGCAGUACCUGGACCUGCAUGCCCUGCGUGGCACCACGAACCUCCCUCACGACAUGGUGUCCAAGCGGAUUAUCGAGCUCGGCGGCAUGCUCACCUUCGGCUCGGAUCGCGAGCUGACCAUCUGCCAGACGAGCGUCAUGCCGGCGGACCUGUACAAGUCGCACGAGUUCAUCUCGGAUAUCAUCCGCAACCCCCUCUUCUCGGAGGCCGCCCAUGAGGAGUGUACGUAUCUGGCCCCGGAGCAGCUCCGCAUGCUGGAGGAGAUGCCGACCAACUACGCGGGAAAUGACCUCCUGCACCAGGUGGCCUUUGGUGGCCGGACUUCGGACGGCGUGUACACCGGCGGCCGCCCCCUGGGCCAGGCCCUGGCCACGUCGACCCCCCCGUCGCUGGACGCCGUGCGGCAAUUCCAUGCCAACCUCUUCCGCCCGGAAAAUGCCUUGGUGGCCUUCGUCGGCGGGGUGGACCACGACCAGAUGGUCGACCUGGUCCAUGACAUGUAUGAGACCCAGCCGUGGCGCACGCCGGACCCUCAGGUCGUCGACCCGAGCACCAUCAUCACCAAUGCCAACGCCGAGUACAUUGGCGGGGAGUUCUGGGCCCCGAGUCAGCCCCCCAACGCGAUGGAGCCUCUGCCGACCUCGCAUUUGGUCCUGGGCUUCGAGUCCCCCGGCUACAAUGAUCCGGCCUUCUUUGCCCUGAGUGUGGCCACUUUCCUGCUUGGUGGCGGAGCCUCCUUCUCUUCCGGUGGCCCCGGCAAGGGCGUCUUCACCCGCCUAUACCGCAAUGUCCUCUGCCGGCACCCUUGGGUGAACUUGGCCUUCUCGCACUCCAUGCCCUACCGCGAGACCGGCAUCUUCUACGUCUACGCCUCCUUCUCCCAGGGCCGCGAGAAGCAAAUGGCUCGCAUCGUUCUCCAUGAGCUUAUGGGCCUCAUGCAUGUGCUGCCCGAGGAACUCCAGCGCGCCAAGAACCAGCUCCGGUCCGCCAUCUUCAUGGGCCUCGAGUCGAGUGUCAACAACCUGGACGACACGGGCCGGCAGUGCCUCUACUACUCGAGCCGCAUGUCGGCCGAGGAGACCAUCGCCCGGCUAGACGCCGUGACCACCGACGACCUGGCCAUGGUGGCCCAGCGCCUCCUUGGCCUGCCCGGCUGCCUGGACUACCGCUUCAAUGUUCCCCCGCGCGUCAGCGACAUCCUCGAUGACAAUGCCACUUCUCCCUGGGGUUCGAAGGGCUUCUGUCCGACCAUCAUCACCCUGUCUGACACUCCGAACACCGCCAUCACCUCGGACUUCCUGCUCUCCAACUUCCGGUGAGGCGUCCUUCCCCUCCCUCCUCUGUGUCCCCCCUUGACCCCGGUGCCAAGGGCAGGCUUGCACCCUGUUGUGGGGAUCCUCCUGUUCUGUCUCUGUCCUUCUUCCCUCCCUGGCGGGACCACCCACACUAGACUUCCCGCGUGGGCGCGGGGCCUUUUCCCCACCAACUGACCACACCGGUGCCGCAGGAAAAAGGGCGUGAUGGCGGUGGCUGCAAAAAAAAAAAAGCGGCGCGGG